GUGAAAAUGUCCAAUUGGCUCCAAACUGAAAUUAAUUUGAAAUACAUGCGCGCACUUAUUCAGUGAAUAGCGAACGUAACAAUUGAACAAUUCAACUAAAAAACAAUAACUGUAAAAAAAAUAAGCCACGCACACGAAAACAAAAUGCGUUCCUCACCCUACUCCUAUCACCACGCCAACGAUGUGAGCCACGAGGAGGACAACAAUGGAGCGCUCGACUAUCACUUAGCGGCCGCUGUGAGUACAAAUCAUCAGCAACAGCAACAACAAGAAAUUGAACUCAAACUGAAAGAUAUACCGGAGAAGUAUUUGAUGGUAAUUGCCCAUUUCCUCGCUGGCGAUUUCAAUGACACCGACGCAAUGGACCAUGUCAACGGGCCCAUUCUGAAGGCAAGCAUUAAGUCCGUCUAUUGGAUUUUUCUCAUCCAGUAUGCAGCGUUGGCGUUGAGCGGCGUGGCGAUGAAUGUGGCCAUAAUAGCUUAUGCGAUGUACCAUCGCCUCUACAAGGAUGUGACGCACGCGUUCAUCGUUAAUCUGGCUUUGUGUCAUUUCGUGCAGUGCGCCCUUGUGUUGCCCAUAUCGCUGAUGGUGAUGCUCAUACAGAAUUGGAUUUUCGGACAAUUUUUGUGCUUCUUUCUGCCGAUGUUGCAGGACAUCCCGCUGCACGUUGCCAUGAUAUCGCAUAUUCUCAUUGCUUGGGACCGCAUGCGCUGGCUGAGUGAUCCCUUGCAGGGCCGUUUGCCGGCGUUUGUUUGUUGCUGCGCGACUUGGCUGACUGGCAUGGUGAUUGCGCUGCCAUAUCCCAUCUACACGAUUUAUGUGGAAUUGGGCGAUUACGCGGCAAAACUGGAUGGAAUUGGCCUAUGCGUUGUCAACUUAAUGGAUGAUAUGCACGAAUACAUGCGCGGCCUUUUUCUGCUAAUGUAUUGUGCGCCCACAGUUCUACUGGCUUAUCUCUAUAUAAGAACUUCGCAGGAGUUGCGGCCACCUGACGGCCCAUUAGCUGUAAUGAUGUUCGAGCAUCGCGCGGAUAUAAGGAACCGCCAGCGCAAUUUAUCGGCCUCUUCGGCGGGUGGCAGCGUCGGCGCUACCAUUACUACCACCUCAGGCAUCGGCUCGGCGCUCACCACUCACACCAAUGGCGGCAGUGGCAGCGGCAGUGGUGUUGGUCAUACCUCGUCUGUGUUGUCGGCCACUUGCUCUGCCACGAAGACGCGCUCGUACGACCUGUACAGCGCCGAGUUGGAUGUCUAUCGCGAGAAACGAAAACAACGUAACUUUGGCAGCAUGGCCGCAGCACAAGUGGUGUGCUUGUGUCCUUUGAUGAUUUUACGCUUCGCGCGUCUAUCGAUGGUGGAAACCUACGAGAAUCAGAAACACUUUGACUUCACCUACUUGAUGUUUGUGUGGAUUGCAUUUCUACCCACCGUAAUUUUUCCAUGCAUUUACGCCUCGCAGAUAUUGCCCAGAGAUGAGCAGAAACGUAUUCGCGGCUAUUUUCGUCUUACAACGAAACGUUUCCACAAGUCGCGCAGCUGUGGCAGCCAAGCGGGCAGUGCCAACACGCCCAGCUCCAGGGAGGGUUCCAUUGAGAAGGAUGACAACACAAAUACCACCCAAGGCACUUCGAUACUGGUGAAUGGCGAGGAGUAUUUGAACGGCGGCGGCAGCAUUACCGGCACAGCACUGGUGACGCGUCACGAACUCAACAGGGCAGCCAAGUUUCAACAGCAGCAGCAGCAGCAUCACAACAACUGCCGGCUAGCUGGCAGAGACACUUCGAAUGGUGUUGCGACAGGUCAACAAGCCUACGUUAAGCAAACAUUGACGAAGGAUGUGCGUGUGAAGAAGAAUGAUGUGAAGAUUAAGAUAAUAUCGGAUGGUGGAAAAGGCAAUAAGUCAGCGUUGGCAGGCGUCGGCAAUGUUGGUCAGCUGCAGGCGCGCCAAGCGCAAAAGAGUGGCAGUGUGAGCAGCGGCAGUCGACGCGAGAGUGUGGCCGGUGGCGGUGGCGGUGUCGGCAAUGUUGGUGAGCGUAAAUUGACGCUUGGCUCAUUGGAUAAUUCCUGCUCGAACAUGACCUCCUCGACCUACUGCAAUGGCGCCAGUAGUUUGCUGGAGGAUGACGGUGGCGCAAGCAACUUUGGCGAUGGUGAAGAUUCCUCCAUAGUGAGUGGCAUGAUUGUGUCGGGCGGCGGUCAAAAUGCGGUGAACUAUACGCAACACAAAAAGUGGAGUCUCAGUGGCCAGCCCUUAUUGUCCAACAAAGAUUUAUCAUUUAGCGAUUGCAGUAGUUUCUCACAUAUGGACACGGCUAGCACAUUAGAGCGCGAUCUGGAGAUAAUCGACAUGUUGGAGCGCGAACGCAGCAUGGACAUACAGGAGAUGAUCGAGCGUGAGCAACAUGGCGAGACAGUGCGCAUGACGGUGGGCGAGCGGCGUAAAUUGCCCGACAUUGAUAAGAUCUAUCAGCGUUCGCCGAAACCCAAACUCGAUCCGUACAAUUAUGAUGUAUCCGCACAAGCGACGCCGACACCAUCAACGGCAACAGCCAAAGAUAGCACACCAAACUCGUUGAUCUGUAGCGACCCGCUGCAGUCGAGCGGUGCUGGUGGCAGUGUUAGUAGCACGAAUGAUGGCUAUAGUGCCGCAUCCACGCUCAAUGAAGAGAGUGCAGCACAUCGGCUGCCACGCGACGACGAGGGUGAGAGUGGCAUCGAUGUGGACGAGGAAGUACCCUCCGAUUUCUUCGACAAAUAUACACCGGGUGCCGCCAAUGCUGUGCCUUAUGCGAGCAGCGGCGGCGGCGGCGCAGCAUCCAUCACGCCCACUUCCGCCUACCAGUAUCAGUACUCGCGUCGACUGAGCCGCAAAUCGUCACAUCACAGCCAAAGCUCUAAUUCGCAUCGCAACUCGAAGCGAGACAGCUUUAAUUCGCUUAACGGUAGCGAUCUGAUUGCGGGCGCUUUUGGCGAGCUCGAUCCAACACAACCGUUAUCCAAAAUGUCGGUGGUGGAAGGGCGUAUGCGGCGUAGUAGUGGUCGCACGGCUAGUUUCUCUUCUUCGGCACGCAGUUCAAUGAAAUCGCGUGACUACAGUCACGGUUCAUCGCAUUCGGCGCAUCCAGAGUUGGACUUUAGGGAAAAUAUAUUCGCCGAACUGUGAAGAGGUGAGUGUGCGAAGUGGUGGAUAGUUUAGACACUAAGGUCGAGCAGUCUAAUUAGUGUAACACGAGCAACGAACGAAGGUUUGAAUUAAGCUUUAGCUUUUUAGUAUGAACAGUGGCAGAUGAAAUCCUUUUAUAUACGAGUAAACUACAAUGGAAGUCCUGAUCGAGCAGUUUUAGUAGGAUAGGUAAGUGUAACUUUUAAAUAGGAUUUGUUGGAUAAAACAGCCUUGGGAGGGAGAAAUACCUGAAAUGGGGAAAACUCUUAUGUUUGGGCACUACUUGAAUCUCAAGUUUGGAAAGAGAUCUAGAGACAGCUAUGAAACCGAGAUCUGUUUAGUUUUGAAGCGAUUAUUUAGGACUUUAUAUGCGAAAGCUAUAGAAAGGGGCAUUUUCGACUGAUGCAAUGAAUUAUAUUUAGUCCUUCAUACGAUGUAGGUCACAUUUUAACGAAAAGCGUAAAAAAGUUUGAGCCGAUUAUGAGACGAAUUGAACUCCAUUUGGUGGUGCGUGUGGAGCAGCAAAUAAGAAAAAAUAUCUAGCAUUCGAGCAACAGGCUCUGUAAGUUUCUGUUCGGAGUUGGUUCCAAAAUAACUUGAGACCAACCUUUUUGGAAGACAGAGUUUAAAAAUUUGUGUCAGAUUUUGCAAGAAAGGUGGCUUGUGCGAUGUGAGGCGCGCAAAUAACUUAGUUAGGCAGCUAUGAAGGCAGCGCUCUUCUCUCUCUUACUCUCACUUAACACUUAACCAUUGAUUGUGAUCUAUUAAGCGCAUUAAGCAGUGAAUACUUGCUGAGUCGGGAGCGGCAAAGCAUAAGAGAGAGAGAAAAUACUUACGGAAUCUCUAUGUCGCUGUAGUGGUGAGGUAAGCAAAAGCAAAGGCUUGAUGAGAGAUAUUGUAGGGUAUUGAAUAUAGAUUCGUGCCGCUUGUCCAUUCGAUAAUCUCCGGUUUUUUUUGUGGAAUUUUUCGUUGAGGAGAGAAGUUCAAGGGCGCUCAAACGUAACUACAGUACCUUUAGGAAGUGAUUUUUGAGAGUUAGGUUUUUGAAAAACCAGCGAAGCUGAGUGUACUUUAUUAGUUACAUUUUUGUUUUUGUAGUUUUUUAUAGAAAGUUAUCGUUAAAAAUAUGGCACGGAGCGACUCAUGAGCCAAUACCGUCUCAUCUUUUAGAAAGCUAGCAUUCGCGUCUUCACAUGAAGAACAUUUUGGUACUUUGUAACAUACAGGGUUUAAUUGAAAAGUAAUGAGCCUUCCCGCGCGGAGCGUCUGCCAAGCGAUCAACCGAAUCGGCUGGUGGGGGAAAAUGAUCGUUGGACCUUCCCCUUCCACUAGAAACCGGUUCCAGUUCGCUGGCAACAGCGGUGCAGUCAACAUCGCUCCGCGCGUGAAAGCUGUUUUAAAAAUAUGUUAGGAUUUUGCAGUGGCGAAAAUGCAGCGAUCGUUGGAGCAACGUUACUCAGAUCAAAUUUUGCGUAAAGCUAAACAAAACGAGUACCGAAACCAUUGGGCUACUCAAGAAGGCUUACGGGGAUCAAUCUCUGUCCAGUGCCCAGGUAAAACGGUGGCACAAGUCGUUCAAGGAAGGCCAGGAGGACGUCGAAGACGAACAGCGAUCUGGAAGGCCUUCGACGACGCAAACAGCCGAAAAUGUUCGGCCCGACCUCGUCAACAAUUGGACCCUUCAUCACGACAAUGCGCCGGCGCACACCGCCUUCCUCUGCACCUCUGCAUUGGCCAAGAUGGGGGUUCCGGUGCUUCCGUCCCUCCGGUCAUCCGACGGUCAAGGGUCCUAUUUUGAAGAAUAUUAGUUGUAAAAGCCAAAAGGUUUAAUAAAACUGUUUAAAAAAAAUAAGGCUCAUUACUUUUCAAUCAAACCCUGUAUCUCAUUUGGAAAGUGAUUUCUAAGAAGUUUUAGGCCUAUUUUCACAUGAAAAGUUAACCAGCAGUUAACUCUAAGGGGAACGUUUAAAAUUUUUGAUCAACCUUUUGUUCAGUAAGUUUCGAUUUCUCUAUGAUUAGUUAAACUUCUAGUCAAACACUAAUCAGCCGAGUUUUCUGCUCUAAUAAAAAGUCAAAUCUUCUUCCCAGCCUUUAAAAAUUGUAAACAAAAAUCUUUGUCUCACCCUUAAAAAAUUGUAAUUAAAAAGCGAAAUAAUCAAAAAAUAUUCAAAAUUUAUAAAAAGUAGGCCACUAAUUUUCCUUUAGUUAGAAAUGUAAAAUUUUAUUAUUCCAUGAACUACCCUAGGCAGUUCUUUUUUACCCAUAUACUAAAAACUUUUCAAAAUCUGAAUUAUUCCGUUUGCCUUUAUUCAAAAUCAGCGUAACGAGUAAUUUGAUUUAAAAGCUGGUGUUUUUAUUUCAAUUCGCAUCCUAAAUCAGCUGAUUUCUAAAGGAUGGUUAAGUUUGAAGGGCCGGUGUUGAUUUUGAAUAAAGUACAAUUUUGUUUGGAAAUUAUUGUCAUUUCUCAUUAUUACGAUAAUAUUGGUAUAGCUCAAUUACGCAUGGAAUAAAAUAUCGGUCAAAUGGCCUCCGCGGCCUCGGCGGCACACCUCCAUCCGAUGGCCCAAAUUUUCGAUGACGCCGAGGCAUAAUUGAGGUUCUAUGCCCUUAAUGCGCCGAAUUAUCUCAUCCUUUAGCUCUUGAAUUGUUGCUGGCUUAUCGGCGUACACCUUUUCUUUCAAAUAACCAAAAAGAAAGCAGUCCAACGGGGUCAAAUCACAUGAUCUUGGCGGCCAAUUGACAUCGCCACGUCGUGAGAUUAUUCGGCCAUCAAAUUUUUCGCGCAAAAGAGCCAUUGUUUCGUUAGCUGUGUGUCAAGUGGCACCGUCCUCUUGAAACCACAUAUCGUCCACAUCCAUAUCUUCCAAUUCGGGCCAUAAAAAGUUCGUUAUCAUCUCACGAUAGCGAACACUGUUCACAGUAACUGUCUGAUUGGCCUCAUUUUGGAAAAAAUACGGCCCAAUUAUGCCGCCGGCGCAUAAACCGCACCAAACAGUCACUCUUCGUGGGUGCAUUGGUUUUUCGGCAACCACUCUUGGAUUAUCAUUCGUCCAAAUGCGGCAAUUCUGCUUAUUGCGAAUCCACUGAGGUGAAAAUGUGCCUCAUCACUGAAGACGAUUUUCUUUGAUAUGCAUUUUGAUUUGAACGCCCGUUUUUAUAAUAAGCCUGAAUAACUUUAAUGCGUUGCUCGAUUGUGUAUCUUUCCAUGGUUCAAAUUGAGUUAGUCUAGAAUUGAAAAAUAUCAAAUGAAAUGCAGAAAAGAACUUGAUGUUUGGGUGUGGUUCACAUUCAACAUCGGCCUUGAAAUUUAACCACCCUUUAUAUUCGCUUAACAAGAAGUCAACUCACUGUUAUUGAGUAGUAAACCAGAAGUUAACUCCCCACUGAGAAACAGAAAAUUGAUAGUUAACCGGGCAUUCGAAUUCCCAUUUUAGGAAGAAAUAUUUAAGUAUGUCCUUCUAAUAAAGUGAGAAAGUUGCAGUGGAAUACCUUUGUGGCCAGUCAGUGAACACUUUAAAACGCAAAGAGAAGUAAUUUGUUGAGGAUAAAAAUGUGUCAGAUUUGCACUACUCUUUGCGAUAUAGAGCGAAAAUGCAGAACUCGAUGCGAACUUUGGUGAGUGGAAGGUGUUAGAAUACAAGGCAACAUACAAUAACACAAGAUGCAGGAAUGUUAGAAUACAAAAUUACGCAGAUUGAAGAGAGAGAAAAGUGAGCGUGCGUAUGGAAUACGUGAGCGUGAGAGAACUACAUACGUGCAGAGUGUUCAGAUAGCCAGCAUAGCAAACAAAUAUGAAUGAGUUACCUUGCUAAUGUAAGUGAAACAAGGAAGUGAACAGAAGAGAGUAUAGAAAGAAAUUUUCUAGGUAAACAAAACUCUGCAAUUACUCGCGUUAGCUCAUCAGUUGCUUGUAUCAAAUUCACUACUAUAACAGCUCCAUAUAUUCAUCAGUUUCUGUAUGCUCUCAAGCAUAGACACACACCACAAUGAUCUCUGCUGAUACGAAUUAGUUACAUAUACAUACCUGUGAGAGGUUUUUAUACGAGUAGUAGUUAGGAUUUGAGCGAGCGCGUGCUGCUAUUGAAGUACUCUUACAUUAGUGUACACAUACAAGUAAUGCGUGAGAAAAUCACUUUUGUACUUUGCAUAAGCAUUUGUUAGACUAAGAAAUUGGUGUGAAAAAAAAAAAACAAAAUUAAAGAAAAAUAUUUAGCAUAUUUUUGUACGAUUGAGUGCAAGCUGAGCGCAGGCUGCAUGCACAGCUGAGGUGAAAUUUUGAAACCGAAACAAGGUAGCGCAAGGUUGCAUAUUAGGGUGUGCCAGCUGUAUUAGGGCACGCGCGAAAAGUGUGUAACGAUUUAGGAAAUUUUGUAAGGUACAAUACAAAAUUGUCUAUUGAAACUUACUCUUUUUUCUAUGUGUUGGUUCACCAUUAUUGAAAAGAAAUUCUUUAUCAAAGCAAACGAUAUGGAUUGAAAAUUUUUGUAAGCGAUUUUUUACCAAUAAAUUUUAUUAUAUUGUACUAUUUAUGUAUGUAUGUUUGUAUACAAAACGAAACCUCUAUGUGAAAUGUGAAAUCAAAUUCAAGUAACUAAUUAAUUAAAUGCAAGUUGUUAAAUAGUAAUAAAAUAUAAAUAAUUGUUGCGUUUUGGUCAAUGUUAAUGUGAAAGCACAAACUACAUAAAUAUUUGAAAAUGUCUAGCAUUAAUUUCAAAAAACAAAAACAAAAAGAAGAAAAUAUUAAUAAUAAUUACCAAACGUAUUUAUACAAUAUUUCUUGUGAACACAAAAAAAAAACAAAAACAAUAUUUUGUAUGUUGAAAAGUAAUUAAAAUAAUUGAAUAGUUAAUUUAAAGAAAAAAAUAAAUAGCCAUGGCAUUCAAUAGCAUUUAAAAAAUCCAAAAAACAUAAAGAACAGUUCACACAUACGUAACUUAGACGUGUGUGCGCUUAAAAAAAUGGGCGGGUCGUUGAAUAUCAAUAAGUAUGUGCCAAGCUUUUAGCUGCUAAAUUUUUCGAUACUUAAAGAAAAUAAAAAAAUAAAAUAAACUAUAAUAUAAAAUAAAAACGUAACAGUUGAUGGUAAUAAAUUUAUUCAAAUUUAUGUAAAAAUUUACAAAUGUACAUUAACACUGGUAGUUUUUAAUAAUUCGUUUGAAUUUACUAUGCAAUUAUUGUGACUUACUAUAAAUAAUACUAAUUUCACAAAUAAAACUGAAUGGAUGUUAAAUUUGUACACAUAAACACAAAUACAUAGACACAC